UUUACAUACGAUGACGAAGUUAUGUUUUUCAUUCUUUUCUAUGGUGUUAUUAUUACUUUUCUGCGUAAUAAUAGCUAGCUCGGGCAUGAACAUUUCUACUGAUGAAUCCUCUCUUCUUGCGUUGAAGUCAAGUAUUAUCAACAUGCACUCUCAUCCCAUCAUAUUAGCCAACUGGUCUAAUGCUUCUUCUGUGUGUGAUUGGAUUGGAGUCACUUGUGGCACUCGUAUUCUACGAGUGAUUGCUUUAGACAUUUCUCAAAUGGGACUUUCUGGAACAAUUCCGUCACAAUUUGGAAACCUCUCUUUUCUUGUCUCCCUCAAUGCAAGCGGCAAUAAUUUCAGUGGAAAUUUGCCCGAUUCCUUAAGUCAUUUGCAUCGAUUGAAAAUCUUUGAUUUCAAUGUCAACAAUCUUACUGGAGAAAUCUCUUCAUGGUUUGGGUUUCUAUCCAACCUUCAAGUACUAAACCUGGGUCAAAAUCACUUUACGGGUUCUAUCCCUCUUUCAUUGUUUAACCUGUCGAAGCUAGAAACCUUGGACUUGAGUUUUAAUCAAGUCAAUGGCUCUAUCCCAUCCACCAUCUUCAACCUUUCUACUUUGGAAAAUUUGAGAUUGGUAAGCAAUUCUUUAUCUGGUACCCUUCCCCAGAAUUUGUGCCUUCAUCUUAAAAAUAUUAGAAAGUUUGAAGUAACCGAUAACCACUUAAGUGGAGAAAUGCCAAAAGGUUUAUCCAUGUGUUUUAAACUAAGAUGUUUGGGAUUGAACUACAAUCAAUUUGAGGGAACGAUACCACAAGCGUUUGGGAACUUAACGAGUCUUGAGUUCUUUCGUGUUGGCGGUAACAACCUUAGAGGAAGAGUUCCUAAAGAAAUUGGCUAUCUCCAUAACUUGAAGGAAUUACAUACUGAAAACAAUCACAUAACGGGUUUUCUACCACCGCAUAUGUUUAACAUGUCUUCACUGCAACUGCUGGAUAUGAACACCAACAACAUAUCAGGUAGAAUACCAAGAGAGAUGAGCAAUCUUCACAAGUUGGAAGAAGUUUAUUUACAAAUAAAUUCUUUUAGUGGUUCCAUACCAUGGGAUAUAUUCAAUAUCUCCACUCUGUUGCAAUUGAAUCUUGGGUUAAAUAGUCUUUCAGGUAAUCUUCCACCUAGAAUGGGCUCUAGGCUUCCAAAUCUCGUUGGGAUUAGCUUUUAUACUAAUGACCUCACUGGAGCUAUUCCUAGUUACAUCUCCAAUUGUUCUAAACUGGAGGUCAUAUUCUUCAGUUAUAAUAGUUUCAGUGGCCCAAUUCCUAACUCAUUAGGAGAAUUGAGAUUGUUGAAAAUAUUGAAUAUGGAAGAUAAUAAGUUGACAAGUGAAUCCUCUACUAUAGGGUCCAAUAUUAUCUCUUCAAUUGCAGCAAAUUGUAGGUACUUGGGACAUCUUAUCCUGGAUCUCAACCCUCUGAACAUUGUCCUGCCCAGCUCCUUUGGGAAUCUCUCCACCUCUCUUUAUGCCUUUUCUGUAAAUGGUUGUAAUAUCAAGGGGAAUAUUCCAGAUGGAAUUGGUAACUUAAGCAGUCUAAUAGAACUAGACUUAUCAAAAAAUGACUUGUUCGGAGUUGUUCCUAGAGCCAUAAAAGGUCUAGAAAUGGUUCAACUGUUUGACUCAUCUGAGAACCGAUUAAGUGGAUCCUUGCCAAGCAGUAUUUGUGAUUUAAAGUACUUGUGGAUAUUAAACUUAGGCAAAAAUCAAUUUUGGGGUUCUAUUCCUGAGUGCAUUGGAAAUGUUACUUCUCUGAGGAAGAUCUAUCUAUACUCUAACAGAUUGAGUUUUAAUAUACCAUCAAACCUCUGGGAUCUCAAGGACCUCUUAUACUUGGACCUGUCUUCAAAUUUCUUGAAUGGAUCUUUACCACCUAAGAUUGGCAAUCUAAACGCUGCAAUAUAUAUCAACUUAUCAGUGAAUCAUAUCUCAGGUUACAUUCCAACUACCAUUGGAGGUUUGCAACAACUGGUAACUAUUUCCUUGGAGAAUAAUCUUCUACAAGGGCCUAUCCCUGACUCUUUUGCAAACAUUAUUAGUUUGGAAUGGUUGGAUUUGUCAAACAACAAUCUAACAAGAAGGAUUCCUAAAUCAUUAGAGACACUCCGCUAUCUCAGGUUUUUGAAUGUAUCAUGCAACAGAUUAAGUGGAGAAAUUCCGAGCAAAGGCCCUUUUUCAAACUUCAGUUAUCAGUCAUUUUUGUGCAAUGAAGAGUUGUGUGGUUCUCCAAGGCUAAAAGUUCCACCUUGUAAUGCUGAUUUUAGUUCCCCUCUAUCAACAAGGAUAAUACUAUGGAUUGCAUUUAUCUCUAUGAUGGCUGCAUUCGUAGUGGGAGUCUCAUUGUAUAUACUUAUAAAAUGGAAAUGCAAAAGACCUUAUAAUAAUGAGGCUUAUUCAGUUGGAGAAGUAGUUCUUACGAGAAUUUCGUACUACGAACUUCAACGAGCAACUCAAGGGUUUGAUAAUCGUAACUUGAUAGGGACCGGAAGCUUUGGUUCGGUUUACAAGGGCAGAUUUACUUAUGGAUUGCUCUUAGCCGUCAAGGUAUUUAAUUUGCAAGUUGAAGGUGCAUUUAAGAGUUUUGAUACAGAAUGCAAAGUUCUGUGCAAUGUCCGUCACAGAAAUCUUACAAAGGUUAUUACUGCUUGCUCUAACGCGGAUUUUAAGGUGCUUAUACUUCGGUACAUGCCUAAUGGUAGUUUGGACAACUGGUUGUAUUCUAACGAGCAAUCUUUAGACAUCAUGCAAAGACUAAACAUAAUGAUUGAUGUGGCAUGUGCGUUAGAGUAUUUGCACCAUGAUUGCGCAAUUUCAAUUGUUCAUUGUGAUUUAAAACCAAGUAAUGUUUUAAUUGACGAUGAUAUGGUGGGACAUGUAAGUGACUUUGGUAUCUCAAAGUUGCUUGGCCAUGAUGAAUCAAUUGUCUAUACAAUGACCUUGGCUGCAAUCGGAUACAUUGCCCCAGAGUACGGAUCAAGUGGAAUGGUGUCUACUAAAGCUGAUAUUUAUAGUUAUGGCAUAAUGUUGAUGGAAGUGUUUACCAAGAGGAAGCCAAAUGAUGAAAUGUUCGAGGGAGACCUCACUCUAAAGAGAUGGGUUUCUAAUUCACUUUCUAAUAAUCUGGACGAAAUUUUGGACCCAACUUUAUUGAAGCAUGAAAAAUUGCAAUUUAGGCAAAACAUGCAAUGCAUAUCAUCCAUUUUGGAGUUGGCUUUGGAUUGCACUAUUGAGUCUCCUAAUGAAAGGAUGGAUAUUGGAGGUGUCCUGGCAAAACUCAACAAAACAAGACAUCAAUUUCUCACAAUUUUCUAGGAACUUAUUAUGGUAUGUAUAGUAUUAUAUAUAUUCUACUAGCAUUUGUUGAAUUUAGUCUUUUCGAUUCAUCUGGACUACUGGAAUGAGUUUGCAUUUGCAGGUUGAUAGUGAUACAGAUUACUACCUCCUUGCUCCCAUUCGAGCCAGAGCUAAACUAGCUCGAUCAGCUCCUUGAGAGGAACAUAGUGAAGACGGAGGAGAAAGAAUGAUUGAAGAAAGCUGGGAAAGAAUUUAAUUAUCAUCUCUUCUUUUUUAAUUCAGUACAAGACUUUUAAUUUAAUUUCCUAUGUAUAGUCAAACUAGUAAUACUAUCUAUCAUUAAAAACAAUAAAGAGGGUUGAAUCUAUUCUAAUAUA